UUAGGUUAGUUGUGGUGGGCACGGAAGGUGUGCAGAGCUCGCAAGAGAGGGACGGAGAGGCAUGGCGGGACCUUCCCCCUGGGCCGUUCUAUUCUACUUUCCCAACCUCAUAGGGUACGCCCGUAUAAUCGCUGUACUAGCGAGCUACUAUCUCGCCGACACCAACUGGAAAGCCAGCUUUGUGUGCUACGUUCUUGCCUUCGUGGGAGAUGCGGUGGAUGGGGCCGUAGCUAGGUAUUUCAACCAAUCUUCCAAGUUUGGCGCCGUGUUGGACAUGGUUACGGACCGCUGCUCCACGGCGGGCCUUCUGAUGGUCCUGUCGAGGCUGUACGAAGGCGGAACGCCCGCCUUUUUGUUUCUGCUCCUCAUGUUCAUCGACCUGUUCAGCCACUGGAUGCACGUCCAAAGCACCGCCGGGCGACAUCACAAGGCCGCGGACACUCUCGCCGACCGCAACGUCAUCACCCGCCUGUUCUACGGCUGCUACCCGUUCUUCGCCUUCUGCUGCGUCGGCACGGAGCUCUUCUACGUCGCGCUGUACCUGCUGGUCUUCGUCCCGGAGGCGUCGCUUGCGCUAGGGGGCGGCGGGGCGGCAGUAUCCUUGCACGCGGUGUGCUACUACGUGUUCCUGCCGGCGUGCGUUUGCAAGCAGGCGGUCAACGUGGCGCAGCUGUGCGCGGCGUCGUUGUCGCUUGCGUCGGCGGAGUCGGAAGCCGCGGACGGUGUCGCAUCGAAACAGAAGUAACGGUCUUAAGAAGUGGUGUGAUAGAGGUUAUGUUGAUGGUGUUUUAUUUUUCUCGUGCCGUAGUGCUUGUCUUUUGCCUUUUUGCUGGGAAAGGGUGAAGGCAGAGCGAGGUCGUAGAUCGUGAUCGUGCUUGUUGAUGGUUGCUAGCGAGGUUUGUGCCUACCGGUUAGAUCUUUGCAAAAUUAAUAUAUCUCAGUUUUUUCUCGUUCCAUUGUUCGUUGGUUCUUCGUGGCCCCUCCCGCCUGCUUGGGCCGGAAGAAACAAGUGUCGAAAACUCAAGUUGAGGGGCCCCGAGGAAAAUCGAUGUCCCCAAGCCCCCUCCCCCCCCCUCCAGGGAACACGAUACUUGCUUGUAACUAACGGGCGAGCGGGAUGGUAUCGGUGAAAGUUGAUCGGUAUUGCUGCGUAUGUAUGUGUGGGAUUGGGCGGCGGUGCUCCUCGAACUCAGUAGCGCCUUGCUUGGCUAGAGGCCGCGGCACUGGUUGGGUGGCCCCGGUUCCUUUGUGGGAUGAUUUCCGAUGCAGAUUAGGUACGUGUACAAUUGAAUACGGCAUCGAUGAAACAAGCGGCUAAACGAACAGGAGUAGAGAUAUUGCAAACACGGGGCACGUUGGAUACCGGCGAGCAAUUGAUGGGGGAACUGAGAACAAGGGGGGGACGGCUGAGUAUUAGCCGUCGGUAAGCGAGGCCCAAUCGGAAUUAUGCUUUGCUCAAAGAUAGAGGGGUGUCUUCUUUCCCCCACACGGUAGGCGAACUACCCUGUGAGCUUUCAACUGCUGCUGAAGUGGCGUGGUUGUGCCUUUCAAUAAGUAGCGGUGAGAGCUUGUAUUGCUGCGUGGUACUGCCCUUGAAAACGGGCAGCGUCUUGAUGCUCCUGGCCGCUGUAGAUAGUCGCAGGUGUCUCUUUGUUCUGCUCCCCAGAAUGUUUGUUAGGUCACAGCGGUUUGUCGUGCCCCAGUAGGCUGGAUUUUUUCGAGCUUGUGCAAGAGGCUCUGACAAACGGGGUUACCCCGGUAAAUUGUGUGGUUCACGGUAGUCGCAACAGGGAAGCUGAAUGCCUGCGGCGUAUCUUCGAUUGACUCGGUUGUCUUUCCAGGGACGCGGGGUAUUAUUAAGUACGUUGUGUGCGUCUCCUAAAUAAUACAGUC